AUGAUGAGUGAGAAUGGGACUAAAGCCUCGGCAAAAAUGACUUGCAAGACUUGUGACCAGUGCAGGAGCCGGAAAGUCCGCUGCAUCAGUACGUUGAUACCCCCUUUUGGUCUUGGGAACGUUGAUUGUAAUUAUAUCUAUCUCUUAGUGCCCCCCGGACAACGUAUCCGGUGCACCAAUUGCAUUAAGCGGAAGGAGACCUGCCAUUUUCCCCCGAGCAAGCGUAAACUAAGGAAAUGUGCCCCUGAACCUAACCAUGCGACACCCAGUCAGCACCAGGGGCCGAUCUUCGAGCCUUCGAGUGAACAAACUUGCAUUCAAACGAGUGUCCCGCCAGUAUUUCUUGACCACAUGUUGGAAAAUCACGGUACUUCUGGGGUGUUUCGGGAUACAAGUCCCUUACUGAGGGCACCUGACCAUGACGUGACUAGUUCCAGUCUUGCCUUUUUCUCCGAGCGUCGAAUCCGGUCCUUGUCGCAACAAUUAGGGAAUGACCGGCUCAACCAGCUAGUGGAAACUAUGGAAUCAAUCAUCCGAUCUCGGCUUCUCGCCCAGGGCCCAACUUCAUCGCCCAUCUCGUUUAAACAUCCGUCUGAUAUCGAACAAGUCUCACCAGACAAGAUUAGGCUAUAUACUGACUCUUACUUCAACCAACUGCACCCGACGUAUCCAUUUCUGGAUCGUGAUGCUUUCGAGGACAAGGUGUUUGGGCCCAAUCUCUCCGAGGAUCUGUGUGCCAACUCUGCAUUCUCGGCUUUAUAUCACACCGUUUUGGCGCUAGGAUGCCAGUAUCACGAAGGUGGGGCUUUUGAUCCUGGAAGUGGAAAGGCGUGGAAACUUUUCCAGGUGUCUUUGGGUCUUGUGUCGGAUAUACUGAUGCCGCAAGGAACCUUGAUGAGCCUUCAGUCAAUAUUCACUAUGACGACCUGUUGUCUUCAAAUCGACGAGGUCUUGCUCAUGGAAGCCACGCGAAUGGCCCAAGGUCUCGGUUACCACAGAGCACUAGCCACCGGGGACCAGCGACACAAAAAUACCUGUCACAGAACUUUCUGGGUCCUAUACUACAUGGAAAAGCAAAUAUCUUUCCACGGCAACAAAAGCUCAAUGAUCUCAGACUAUGACAUCGGUUGUCCAAUUCCUGACGUCCCGGAAUCCGUCUUCGGGGAGUAUAACUGGUUUCUGUCUGCCAUCAAGUUUGGUCGAAUUCUCUCGCAAGCAUAUACAUGUGUCUUCUCGGUCAGUGCUGCCCUUCAAACUACGGAGGCGCAUCAUAUCGCGAUCGAUGAGAUUGAAGCUCGAUUAGAAAAAUGGCGAACAGCAGUGCCUGUGGGCUUUCGGCCUGGCAUGCCGCUUCUUAACCCGAACUCGCUGUCUUCCUUCUUUCCGCAGCCGAGCUUCAAAAUGAUCGUUCUGCAUACCAAUUUCUCCUACUACGCUUUGACCAUCGCCCUAUCGAGGCUUAAUGUGAACGUCAGCAGACAAACUCAGUCACUAAGACAGGAAAAGAGCAAACGAUUACUCAUGUAUACCGCAAGAGCGAUCGUGGAAGGAAGCAAGAAUGUCGACAUAGCUGCCCACACGCCGAAUUUCAUUCUGUCCGUUUUACCCCUCGCAGCUUUGUUCAUCCUAUUUGACUUCAUCGUCCACAAUCCAACUCAUCCAGAGACGCGGAAUAACCUUGCACUAUUGGAUGUAGCGGUCGGUCACUUCAGUAUGUUAGAUUACAAGUCUGGAGGGUUCCUGCCCGGGUCAAUUCUCACCGAAUUUGCACAUAUCGCACGGCAAUUUGUCAAGGACUUUGACAGCAAUCAAUUACGACCACCACAGCAAGAACCCGCUGACAUGGGCUCGUCGAUUACCGGAUUCACAUCGGUUGACACCGAGAUUUCCAUGCAGCCGAAUGAAACGAAUAGUAACGAUAACAAUAACGCUGGGUUACAAGAUAAUAUGAUAGAGUCGUGGUCACCAAGGGACUUUCUAAACUACCCCAUCACGCCAGGGGCGACCUUCCAUCUUGUGCCUGAGAAUCCGAGGACGACCCAAUAUAAUAUCCAAACUUUGUUUGGUUUUAUGGUUCCUGAAUUUGGACAUGAUCAGUAG